UCUGGCAACCCCUUAUGCUAGACUGGUUAAGGACAGAGCACUAGACGCCGCUGUUUUAGGCUUUAAAUACUAAAAAAUAACGUUAAAUUUAUGCAGAGAGUGAUAAUAAACCUGUAUACGAAGAUUCUAUUGCUAUUAUAAGUAAUCAGAGCCAUGGCAUCACCGGGCGGACAGGGAGGAGCUUUGUCUACUAAAACAACAGGAGCAAAGAGGAUGAAAUGGGCUCUGGAGCUGAGUCUGGCCAGCACCAGGACCCGAGGAGACAGGCAGCUUAAGGAUGGAGAAGUCAUGUACCCUGUAGGAUACUCGGAUAAACCGGUCCCUGACACCAGCGUGCAGGAAGCAGACCGCAACCUGGUCGAGAAGAGAUGCUGGGAUGUCGCGCUCGGCCCUCUGAAGCAAAUCCCCAUGAAUCUGUUUAUCAUGUACAUGUCUGGCAACACCAUUUCCAUCUUCCCCAUUAUGAUGGUGUGUAUGAUGGCGUGGAGGCCCAUCCAGGCACUCAUGUCGUUGUCCGCAACCUUUAAACUGCUGGAGAGUUCGAGUCAGCAGUGGCUCCAGGGGUUGGUGUACCUCAUCGGCAACUUGCUCGGAUCAGCGCUGGCCAUCUACAAGUGUCAGUCAAUGGGUCUCCUCCCAACGCAUUCGUCUGAUUGGCUUGCCUUUAUUGAAUCCCCACAGAGGUUGGAGAUAAUGGGUGGAGGAUUGGUCAUGUGAGCCUUCAGAACCUUUUUCACUUCUGUACUGUUUAACACAGCUUCAUUAACUUAUGUAUGUUUUGAAUUAGAAUCUGUCAUGUAUAACAACGUCCUCACAAAAAGAGAUUUAAUAAAUGUACUUUUGAUUUAAACACAUUAAAA